AUGACGAACGGCACCGGAUAUCCUCGCUCAGUCUCGGGACGAGUGGACAAUGUACAGGUCAAAGGGAUCGUGAACCCAGCAACAGAAGUCGAAAAUUACCUAGGCAUUCACUACGCCACGAUCACCAUGAGAUUUCGCGAAUCCCAAAUAGUUGACACCGCCAGCCAGACUAGUGUCCUCGAUGCCACUCGUUAUGAACCUCAUUGCCCCCAAGCUGAUCAUAAAACCCAGAAAUGA